CUUCUGUCUGAACUUCUCUCCCCGGACAGGUUCUGGCCAAUGAUCUGGAGGACGAACAUCUACUGGAUGUGGAGCCGCAUGGGGCCCUGGAAAAUGGGAAGCUGAAAAUUAGAUCUUUUUUAAAAUAUACGCUGCAAAUAAGGUCCCCUUUCUAAGGAAUCCCUUCAGAGCUGCAUUUCUUCAGAUCAUCUCCCGGGACAGUGGCAUUGUGGAGCUAAGGCAAACCAGGCCAGACUCAGCACUGGAAUCCCUGUCACUAUUGCUUGAAGACCCAAGAAAGUUGCUCUGCCACUCAAAUAAGGGAAACACAACUUCCCUCUGGAUUAUCUGACAUUGUGAACACCUGCUGCACGGUGACUCUGCUCUUAAUAGAUGGGUUCAGCCUUUACGAAGUUCUGCAUGCAGUUCUGCUGCUGCUGUUGCGCCGGCGACGAAGACGAUGAGGAUGAGAAGCAGCCAUUAGUACCUCAGGAUCCGUUGGAGUAUUUUAACCGUGAAGUCCAGAAGCGUCGUGAUGAGGAGACCAACCUGUGGAGUACACCAGGAGACCCCAGCCACUCAGAGAGAGAUGAUGACCGGGCCCUUUACGCCCUGCUGCAGGCCAGGAACAAGACCCGCAUGGGCUCUACGGGCUAUCGCCGUCUGAGUGUUGAUAUUGAGGCCAUGAGAGAUACCCGCCGAGAGGUCAGAGACAAGUGGAAGACAAUUCUGGAGAACCUAGGUUUCAUGGCAGAGGCAGACUCGCUGCUGACAGUGUCUGCCGGUGCCUCACAUGACCGCAUGCGUAACGCCCCAGCAGCACGUGCCCUUCUCCAUACACUCCACUCUGAGACCUCCAUCUUCAGCAGCAGAGAACCACCACCAGAAAGAUAUCUCUUCAUCCUGGAUCGUCUCCUGUAUUUAGAUAUAGCCGAAGAUUUUCUGGCAAAGGCAAAGCGCUUCUAUCCGCCGAAGGAUGAUUCAGACGAGGAAAUGCCAGGCCUUAACAUAAACCUGCCGCUGCUUCUGGCCAGGGUAGAGGCCAUGAACGGAGGAGGCGACGACGAUGAGGACGAGAGCGACAGAGACGAUGGAAACUUGAGUGACAGAUCCUAAGGUCUACCAGCUGCAGUAAUAAUAGACACAAAGCAGGGGGCAGUAGUCAUCAACCCUUGAGACCUGGAUGACUUGCAUUGCUCCUCUCUUCAAGUGUCUGUUGCCUCAUGCAGUGUUGCUGCUGCCUCUUGGAAGUUUUAGGCUGAAGAAUUUCUCUUUUCUCCCCCACUGCACAGCUUUAGUCUUAUUCUGUGUCCUCUGGUCAAAUCUCUAAGGGUUUAGCAGGUUUCCAGGUGAAUGUUACAGAGCUGUUAACUCUGUGUGUGUUUUUUCUUCUGUCUGCCAAAGAGUUUUAUCAAGUUCCAAGCCUGUUUAUUGUUCAGCUGUUGCAAACCUUCAGGGUAGCGAUGUUCCUUCGAGCAGAGCCUCUUUAUAUUUUGUCCUAUGAUUAUCAGCACUCAUUUCAUCCAAUCACAUGAUCAGUAACAACACUGAAAAAAUAGCCCAGUAAGUAAUAAUUUUAACCAGUUAAAGUCUGCAGCAUUGGCUUCAAACACUAGAAAAGAGCUGAUGGAUAUACAAUGUAGUAUGUUCUGAAUGUUGAAAUGAUUGUGCUUGUGACUUUCUGGAGGUGUGAGGGUGUUUUUUCCCUCCCGCGAUUUGCUGAUAAUGUGAAAGAUUUCUACACUCGUGGCAGUUUGUGCAUGUGUUAUGGUGUCCAGUUCAUGAUGAAAUAAAGUUUGCAGCCUAAAGCCUG